GUGUGUGUGUGAGUGUGUAUACUUUGUUCUAUGUGUGUGUGUGUGUGUGUGUGUGUGGGGGCAGGAUUGUAAGGAGUGUCUGUGUUAUAAAGUCCAGACAAAACCAGGAACUGCACGCAGAUUCUCCUGAGCUACUCAAAGAUACAGUGUGUGUGUGUAUGUGUGAGUGUGUAUACUUUGUUCUAUGUGUGUGUGUGUGUGUGUGUGUGUGUGAGUAUACUUUGUUCUAUGUGUGUGUGUGUGUUGCGUGUGUGAGUGUGUAUACUUUGUUCUAUGUGUGUGUGUGUGUUGCGUGUGUGAGUGUGUAUACUUUGUUCUAUGUGUGUGUGUGUGUUGCGUGUGUGAGUGUGUAUAUUUUGUUCUAUGUGCGUGUGUGUGUGUAUACUGUGUGUAUGAUGAAAAGUGUGUGCGUGAGUGAGUAUGUUGAGUGUGUGAGUGUUUGUAAGUGUGUGUGUUUGUAAGUGCGUGUGUGUGUAAAAUGGAGGUUUCCAUGGUGACCCUGUUGGCGUCUCUGUGGAUGAAGACAUUGUUGAACUGGGUGGUAUUGUUGGUGCAGAAGGGUCAUGUUGGGCGGAGCUUCUGGGGCGUGUUCUGCGUGUCACUGGCAUUGGGAGACGCCCUUCUGCACCUGAGCGUGACCUGUAUGUUCCUGCUGGAGGACGUUCAGGUGAUCACGCUGCACCUCACCAAGUACCACGUGUGUGUUCUGGUUCAGGUGGCGUGUUCCGUCCAGGGGCUUCUGCACUGGCCAGUCUUCAUCCUCUCCGCACUGGACGUCCUGUGGCGCUCACGCCACUCCUGUCCUAGCCCCAUGGAAACACUCAUCCACGCCUCCGCCACGUUCCUGCUGUGGACUCUGGCCGCGUGGUACGUCUUGACCAUGCCUGAUCCCCACCCACUCACCAGAGACCAGGACGAUCACAUCACCCUGCAGCUGUGCGACGUGGUGGGCGGGGCUCAGAGCCGGCAGGUGGCUUGGGCAUCGUUGCUGAUGCUGGCGGGCGUGGCCUGCUACAUAAGCCUUGCGAGGAGACUGAACACCGAACAGCUGAGGGAGUGCGCAUGUCACUUCCUGUCCACCUGGAGCUCCUUCCUGCUGCUGCUGCUCUUCAUCUUGGCGUCCGGGAUCGAGGUUCCUCCGUACCUGGAGAUGAAUGGUGUCUGGCUGUGUUUCAUUCACGGUCUGCACGCUGCAGUGGCCCCGAGGAGCUGCGCCUGCAUCUUCUGCAUGCACACGCAGGACGACCCGCGGAAGAGUCACACACGUCUCCCACACGUCUGCGUCCUGACCGACAGAUCCGCUUUAUCUGCAGAAACACUUCCGGCGCAGUCGCUUCACACCCGGAGACUCGCCUGAUCACCAUGAAGUUUCCUCUCACGUUCAUUUAAACACCUUCGGGAUUUUAUCGUGACUUCCCCAGAUGCGUCUGAGCUUCCUGUGUCAUGGGGCCGUAGCUCCGCCUCUUUCGCGCGUAACAAUCUCACGUGAGCAGCAGGAGAGCGGGAGGAGCGUCCUGUAGGAAUUACUUCAGAGAUAAACUUCUACUGAGCUACUCAUCUUCAUGCUCCGCCCACCGCUCUCCAUCCAGCCAUGCCCACCUCCUCUUCCAAACACACACAACAAACUGAGGAAAUUGCGUCCAGGGAAGUGUACAAAGAAGGGCGGCUGUGCCCCUGAAGGAUGACAUCACUUCCUUCCGCCAUCUGUUUAUUCUGUUUCAUCACUUCCUGUGUGUUUGUGAGGUUUAACAAUAAUUCUUUAUCAAAAUUCCUUUGGAUUUAGUUUCAGAUUUUAGACUCUAGAUUGUUUUUAUUUAUUUUUUUGUUGUAUUCCGGUUUAUUGUGGCUUUUCUGCUUAUCUGUAGUGCAGAGAAACUUUCAGUGUUUAAUCUGUAAUGUGUAAUGUUUCUCCAUCUGUAGCAUUAUUUAAGCAUGAAUUCACAGCCCAGCUCCACCUCCAGCUCAAGCUACGCCUCCAGCUCCGCCUCCACAACCUGCCAAUUCUGUUGAUUUUUCAUGUCAGGUCAUGUGACCAUUCACUCCUUCACCCUCUCUUUAGUUUUCAGUCCUGUAAUUAAACUGUAAUUAAACUGUAAUUAAAAUCAUUUC